AUAUACUGCAUAUAUGCUUUUAAUUUUGUUGAUAUUAAGUUAAUAAAAAGUCUUAAUACCUCAGUUACAGACAUUUCUUGGAAUAGAGGAAUAUUAGCCACUGCCUCUUGGGAUGCUACUGCAAAGGUUUGGCAAUAUAAUCAACAACAAUGUCUCAGGCCGUACAAUUGUAAUGAAUUAAUGGCCGAAUUAGAUCACGAGACGGGCGUAACUUGCGUUGACUUAUCUCAUGACAACUCAUUGCUAGUGUCUGGGACUAGCGAAGGCCAUAUUAGCUUUUGGAGUCUACAAACAUUUGCAUUAAUUGGACAAUUCAGCAUACAUUUCGGAAUGAUUUAUGCUGUGUCAUUUAGUCCAGAUGGAGAGAAGGUCGCGUCAUGCGGUAAGGAUCACACACUAAACAUAAUGGAUGUAAAAACAGGAACACAGUUGCUUAGCAAAAAUGCCGGAGAAGAAUUAAGGUGUCUAUGUUGGGAUGGCUUAAUUAUUCUGACAGGCAGCGAAAGCGGAAAGAUAAUGGUUUGGGAUUUAGUUACCGCAAAGUUAGUAAAUACCAUACCAGGACAUAGUGGUCCGGUUACCUGUCUAUCAGUAUCAAAAAAAGGAGACUUAGUGGUUUCAGGAAGCGAAGAUAAAAAAGUGAUUGUAUGGCAUACGGGACAAUUGUAAUAAUUGAAACUGUAUAGGAAACGUCAAACUAUCAAUCAAAACAUUUUAUUCCAAAUUACAUUUUAUAUUUUAUUAAUAAUAUAUUUCCAUACCGAUAACUUGCUCACCCUUUUCAUAGAAAUUUAUUUAAAAAUGUUGUUUCCAGAAAGAAAAAUAGAAUCUCUUAGAUGUUUCUAAUAUGCUUCGUAAUGAGCAUCUGUUUUGUAUUUUAUACAGUGAAGUUUGUUUGGUUAGUGUUUAAUAAUUCUUUCUUUUGGCUGUUUGGUAAUUUCUCAUUAAUUUUCCACCCAGUUGCAGCUUUUGUCGUAUUUCAAACACAAACCAUUUGUAUAGUAAUAUAUAAUGUGUAAAGGGAGAUUGUAAAUAAGAAAGGAUCAUGAUGAUAAAAUUUUAUAUAAACAAGUUUGGUAGAAAUAUAUGUAAAUAAUAGAUUUAAAAAAUAAUAAUAAAUUUAUUUUUAAUUUGAAUCUAUUCAACUUUUAUACAAAUUUUAUAAAAAGAUUUUAAGCCAUGAGGAUUACAGUAAAGUUGAUUUAUUUUAAUAAAGAUUCAACUCCACUGUUCGGUAAGGAGUUAGUCUGCGAAACCUGUUAAGUUACGUCAACCGUAACCGAUAAUAAAAUCACUUAAGCUUAACUUAAGCCGACUCCGCUCGAUCAUUUAUCAGUUAAAUGUAGGUAAGAAGGACAUUUUGAAUUAAAAUAUAUAAAGUCAGAAUCAUUUGC